GGUUGUAGUGUUUACUAUAGGUGAAUUUUUUUGUUUUCAAUAGUAAUAAGAAGUAGAAGGUUAUAAUAAAUACAUUCGUUGGACAAGUUGCCACGUGUUUUAAUAAUGGGAAAUGUCAGUUCGAGUUCGGGAGUUGACGUGUCGGGUCCGCUUGGAAAAGCCACCGUCUAUGAAAUGCCUAGAAAAGAUGCUGUUCCGUCAGAAUGUCCAAUGCACAAUGCUCAAAAACAGAAUGUAAACUUUGAAAUGACAAGGAAGGAUAAAAAUGAUAACAUAAUACCUAGUGAAUGUCCCAUGCAUAAAUCUAAUCAAGAGAAAAUUGCAAACGAAUAUUCUGUAAAAACAAAUGAAGAAAUUAAUCCCGAAAAUAUGAUGCCUCCACCUAACCAACAGCCGGCUGCCGACCAGCCUUUCGAACUGUCGACGGCUCGACAGCUUUCCACCAUUCCCAAAGCCGGAACGGAUAACGAAACGUGGGUCUAUCCUUCACAGCAAAUGUUUUGGAAUGCCAUGCUUAGGAAAGGUUGGAACUGGAAAGAAGCAAAUCUUCAACAAGAAGACGUGGCACAUAUUAUUCGUAUUCAUAAUAUUAACAACGAAGUAGCGUGGCAAGAAGUUUUAAAAUGGGAAGCACUCCACGCAAAAGAAUGUUGUAAUCCGAAAUUGAAAAGGUUUGGCGGGAAGGCUCAAGAAUAUUCUCCCAGAGCUCGCAUAAGGAGUUUCCUCGGAAUUUUUUGGAAGAGAAAAUUGGCACAGAGUGAACCCACAACUCCUAACCAUGCAGGUAUGUUGCCAGUUAUGCUAUAAAGACAUCUGUACAAUCUUCACCUUUAGACUAGAUAAAUGAUCAGCUAGUUUAGGUAUCAAAACACUACAGAAGCUGGAAUCAUAAAUAAUAAUUUCCUUAUGCUUCAAAUUCUACUUCCAGCAUAUAGCUUUUUCAUCAAACAAACAUUUUCUGCCCCUUAAGUGGCCCUCUUCGGGUAUAAGAACAAAAUAGUAAUAGCUCGAUUGAAUUCGAGAGAUUGAAUAAAUUUUGACCAGUAAGAGAUUGUUGUAGAUGGUUGAACUUCUACACAGUGAAAAAACUUUUAAAAAAAUCCAA